GAUGAUUGGACCAGAUUUAUGUGGCUCGCAGAAAAAGAAGCUCCACGUUAUACUUUCAUACCAGGGCCAGAAUUAUCCCAUAAAAAAGGAUCUUCAAUGUGAAACCGACAAGUUAACUCAUUUCUAUACAUUUAUUCUAAGGCCUGAUGCAACUUACAGUGUCUUGGUUGAUAAUCGAGAGAGAGAUUCUGGAAGUAUGUAUACAGAUUGGGAUAUCCUUCCUCCACAAAAAAUCAAGGAUGUUAAGGCAAAAAAGCCAAAGGACUGGGAUGAUAGAGAGUACAUUGAUGACCCAAAUGAUGUCAAACCAGAGGGAUAUGAUUCAAUUCCUGCCGAAAUUCCUGAUCCAAAGGCGAAAGAGCCUAAUGACUGGGAUGAUGAAGAGGAUGGAAUAUGGAGACCGCCAAAGAUCCCAAAUCCAGCAUAUAAAGGACCAUGGAAGCGCAAGAAAAUCAAGAACCCCAACUAUAAGGGAAAGUGGAAGACUCCAUGGAUUGAUAACCCAGAGUUUGAAGAUGAUCCUGACCUUUAUGUGCUGAAGCCAAUAAAAUAUGUGGGCAUUGAAGUUUGGCAGGUGAAGGCAGGUUCAAUUUUCGACAAUAUUUUGAUCUGUGAUGAUCCUCAGUAUGCGAAGCAAGUAGUUGAGGAAGUAUUUGCUAAUAGGGAGGCUGAGAAAGAAGCCUUUGAGGAGGCAGAGAAGGAGAGAAGAGCUCGCGAAGAAGAGGAGGCUAGAAGGGCACGAGAGGAAGGUGAAAAGAGGAAGAGAGAUAGGGAUCGCCGCUAUGGAGAUAGAAAACGCCAUAGAAGGCAUGAUCCACGGGAUUACAUGGAUGAUUACCAUGAUGAACUAUGAAGAUGGAAGAAGCUAUUUCCUUUGACGAAUUUAAGUUUGGAAAAAGGAAGAGCAUCCUACAAUGCUGGAGAGAAUUUUCCUUAGCUUGUUCCCGAGUAUGUGUCAACUGCAUUGUAUUGUUGUUGUUGUUGUAACAUUAAAAUCAAACCCUAUUGUAAUAUCCCAAAAAUUGGGUUAAUUGGAAUGUUGAACUUAUUUUCAGCUCCACCAAGUAACAUUGUAAUAACUUCACUCGAUCAGAAGUCUUGACUUUUGUCCAACAA